GCCACAUCCGCCACUAUGAUUCGUCGCGCACCAAGUGGGUGGGAGAAAAAAAAAUUACAAGUGCGCCGAACCUAAACCGCCCCUCUGCCUCUGAACUUUUUCCCUUCUUCUCUUUUCUCCUCUCCAACCAAACGUAUCCAACCACGAUAUAUACCACGCUUUCUCCUAGGUUCAGGAACAGUUCUCGUUGAUAUCGAGAACUCUGAAAUCUAGACGUAUACCUUUUUUCUUUCUACGCCGCCGCAGUCUUCCCUUCGAAGCCUGCGAUUUUUUUGACCGCCGCACCACCCCGCGACAUUAUCAUUUCUAGGUCGAGCUGCGCUUGAUCUAGAUCUUUUUUUUUUUCACCAACCGUAAUCAUGGCUACCGACAAGGGACUCGAGGAUGUUCCCGAGGGACAGAUCGAGUCCAACUACGAUGAGACCGUCGACUCCUUCGAUGACAUGAACCUCAAGUCGGAGCUCCUCCGUGGUAUCUACGCCUACGGUUUUGAGCGUCCCUCUGCCAUUCAGUCGCGUGCUAUCAUGCCCGUCAUCAAGAACCACGAUGUGAUUGCCCAGGCCCAGUCUGGUACUGGCAAGACGGCUACUUUCUCCAUCUCCGUUCUCCAGAAGAUCGACGCCAACGUCAAGCAGUGCCAGGCUCUUAUCCUUGCCCCCACUCGUGAGUUGGCCCAGCAGAUCCAGAAGGUCGUUGUCGCCAUUGGUGACUUCAUGAACGUUGAGUGCCACGCCUGCAUUGGUGGUACCAGCGUCCGUGAGGACAUGAAGGCCCUUCAGGACGGCCCCCAGGUCGUUGUCGGUACUCCUGGCCGAGUCCAAGACAUGAUCCAGCGCCGCUUCCUCAAGACCGACGCCAUGAAGAUGUUCGUCCUUGACGAAGCCGAUGAAAUGCUUUCUCGCGGUUUCACCGACCAGAUCUACGACAUCUUCCAGCUCCUUCCCCAGUCUACCCAGGUUGUCCUCCUUUCCGCUACCAUGCCCCAGGAUGUCCUCGAGGUCACCACCCGCUUCAUGCGCGACCCCGUCCGUAUCCUGGUUAAGAAGGAUGAACUUACCCUCGAAGGUAUUAAGCAGUUCUACAUUGCUGUUGAGAAGGAAGAGUGGAAGCUCGACACUCUCUCCGAUUUGUACGAGACUGUCACCAUCACACAGGCCGUCAUCUUCUGCAACACCCGCAGAAAGGUCGACUGGCUCACUGACAAGCUCACUGCCCGUGACUUCACCGUCUCUGCCAUGCACGGUGACAUGGACCAGGCUCAGCGUGACCUGAUCAUGAAGGAGUUCCGUUCCGGUUCUUCUCGUGUCCUGAUCGCCACCGAUCUUUUGGCCCGUGGUAUCGAUGUCCAGCAGGUUUCCCUGGUCAUCAACUACGAUCUCCCCGCCAACCGUGAGAACUACAUUCACCGUAUCGGUCGUGGUGGUCGUUUCGGUCGUAAGGGUGUUGCCAUCAACUUCGUCACCGCUGACGAUGUCCGCAUGAUGCGCGAGAUUGAGCAGUUCUACAGCACUCAGAUCGAGGAGAUGCCCAUGAACGUUGCCGACCUCAUCUAAGCACCUUUUCAUACCAAACCACCCCCCACAUCUUUUCCCGCUUAAAUUCUUCAAGCUGCCCACUUCGUCCCCAGUGGGCUGCAUGCGCUCUCACGACAGAUUGGUAUCUUGUGGAGCGUGCUCGGUGAAUUGUUUUGGUUCUGGCAACUGUUGAUAGAUUCGCAUUUUUCAGGAGGGCCCGAUCUGGAACCGUGACGACGCCGGUCUCGAGAUUUACUGUUUUUUUCCGAAGGGAGGAAUCGGAAGUGGCUUCGUGGCGAAAAAAAGGCUCCGGUAGUCGUCUGCAUCUUUAAUUGACGAUGAGGUGCGACGGAUAACCAAAAAGUUUUAAUGCAACGACUGUUUUUCUACUAGUUGAAGUCCGAUUUUCUUUACCUCUGUUUUCGCUUUUUAAAUUACCUUUCCUUUGUCUUUAAGAAAAAGAGAAGUUUGUUCACACCUAUUCUGCCUUGCUCAACUGUGGUACAAUGAUUGCGAUGUCGUGAAAGUACUUGAACGCUACUUGCUCUAUGCCUUACUUAUAUAAGAGGCCAUACGAUAAGAAGCUUCACCUAUAUUAAAGCAAGCAAAUAAUCACACCAGCAAUUUGUAUGAGAUGUAAGAUUUAAAGUGAAUGUACAAGUAAAUUAAUGUAAUGAAAGAUAAGAAGAGAAAAUUGUCUGGUACAGCAAGCGCGUGUGCUCUGACAAAAGAAAUAAACACAGGUCUCACAAAUAAAACCGUAUAAAAAAAGAAGCCCCCCCCCAAAAAACGCCGUGAUGUGGUAUAUAAGUCUCCGUUUCCAUGCAGGGUUCCAAACACCAUCUUUGUCUGAUACGUGUCUCUUGACUACUAACCUGCCCAGCAGACCAGAAUAUGUUCAUGUCACCAUUUUAAUCCCAAAAUAAAAGAAUAUACUUCGUAGCCCCGUCAGUAACCAUAGCCUAACUUAAAACGUAGUCUUGGUGGCUGGCGGGCUGGCUACAGCGUAGGCACCAGGAAUAGGCACGGCGUCAUAUGUGGGCUCAUCUGCUGCAGAAGGGCCGUGAGACUGAACAGUCUGGUCUGUCGGAGAAGGAGCCCGAGCAGAGGUGGGUGUGAAGGCGCCUUGCGACAUCUUGGGGGUGGCAGAAGGAGCCUUGCUGGGAGGAGCCUGGAGCUUGAAUGUAGGCGACGGCUUGCUGAACUGGGAUUCAGGGACAGGGAUGCGUCCGCCAGGAGUGUAUGGGCUGGUAGCCUCAUCAAUGUGGCCGAGGGUACCGUAGGCAGCGGGAGGGUGGCGCGGCGACAUGGCGUAAGUGCUGAGAGUGGGAGACUUGGGUCCGGCGCCGGCAAACAUGGGCGACUUGGGGCCGAAUCCGGGAGUGUUGGGAGCGGACUGGAGACGGAGCUGAGCGAGGUAGAGAUCGGAGCGAGCACGGUCACGCAUGUUCAUGGACUUGUGGAGCUUGCGCUUGCUGUAGUAGCGGUAGAAGACGAUGCUGUACAGGGCGAUGCAGAUGACCUCGACGACGACCUCAAUGAUGAUGCAGAUCAAGCUCCAGUUUUGGAGGCGGCAGACGAGAGCGUAGUCGACCUUCUGGGAGAACACCUCGGCACGGGUGUUGUCGACGCAAGACCAUCCCCACAUGUCCUUGUUGCCAGUGUUGACCUUGGAGUUCUGGAAGACACCGGCGGUAAUCACCCACAUGAUACCGCUGAAGAUGAACCAGCCAAUGGCAAACAUGGUGUAGUAAGUGCCGACCUUCUCCGCACGCUUGUGGCCACCACGGCAAUAGGCGAUGAAGACAACAACGCAGGCAAAGAGAGAGACGCAGGCCAUCGAAAGAACCAGCUUUUGAGGCCAAGUGUCUGUUCCCGAGGCCCAAGAAGGCAUCUUGUUCUGUGCGGGGAGAGCCUUGGUAGCGUUGAAGAUUGCGAAAGACGAAGACAUCAUGGCAAGAAUAAUCAGAGAGCAGCUGAAGUUGACACCACGCAGAGCAAACUUGGCCAUGCGGACACGGGUCUUGACCUUGAGAUCGCGAGCCUGCUCCUUGUCGGUGCCCAGCUCUCGCUUCUCGAGAACGUCUUCUUCGCGGAAGGUCGGGCUGAGAGGGUUUGUGAAGGUUCUGGCAGGUGUUCCGGGGACCUUCAUGGCGCUCUUGAGAGGCGACUUAGGAGGCAUAGCGACCUCUUGGGGCUUGCUGAUGUAGCCAAAGCCAACAACACCAGGCUCGGGGUCAGCGAAUGGCGAGCGAGAGUCUACUGGAGAGUGUAUCGCAGUAGCCUCAGCAAAUCGAGGUGUUCUGGGACCCUUGAGCGAAGCUUCCGAGGAAGUCAGGGAAUCUGCGGUUCCUGUACGAGCGGGUGUCAGGUUGAGAGCGGCGGGCCGCUUCUUCUCGUCUG